AAGCAGAUCUUCCACGUGGUCAUUCAACACGCGUAGUGGACCUCAGCGACGUCCAGCUUUGGCAAAGCAUAUCCAUGUCUCAAUCCAUUGCUUGUCAAUUGAUUGACCACGAGCCAAGAUGAACAACCCGCUACUAGCUAUACAAAGCCAUUACUGGGCUAUGAGAGAUUACUUGUCUCCAGUCCUAAGAGAGAGCAAGUUUAAGGAACAUGGGCGCAUCACUCCUGAGGAGUUCGUCGCUGCUGGAGACUUUUUGACCUUCAAAUUCCCAGUAUGGCAAUGGGAAAAGGGAGAUUCAUCCAAAUCGAGAGACUUCCUACCGGCCGAUAAACAAUACCUCAUCACUCGUAAUGUACCGUGUCUGCGGCGGGCGACAGCUGUCAACUAUACGGAUGCAGAUGAGGAUGCGGAGAAGCUCAUGAGUUUCUUGGACGAGGCGGAAGAGGCUGCUGGACCGGAUGGGAAAGGGAAAGAGGAGGACGAAUGGGUUGCCACACACAUAGGGAGGAAAUCCGAACCAUCAGCUAUCAACGAUAUUCCCGAUAUGACAGAUUCUCCACCCUUGCCCACGAGAGAAUUGGCCAAUGUGAAUCUGAAAGAUUCAAACGAAGAGGAGAUUGAAGAUAUACCAGACCUGGAUGAUAUCCCUGAUAUGGAUGACGAGGGAGCCGGUUUGGAAGAAGAGGAUGAUCCGGCAGUCAGGAUCAUCCAUCCAAGCGAGGCCGAGGUCAAGUCGACGGUUGGGCAAAAUCUUUUGCAAGUCCGGACGUACGAUUGCUUGAUCAGCUACGACAAGCAUUAUCAGACACCUCGAUUCUGGCUCUUCGGAUACGACGAAAACAAGAACCCCUUAACCCCAGCUCAAGUCUUCCAAGACGUACCUGCGGACCACGCUUUCAAGACUAUGACGAUGGAAGCAUUCCCUCAUUCCGGACAACAGCUCGCUUCGGUUCAUCCGUGCAAGCAUGCAAGCGUGAUGAAAAAAUUCAUAGAUCGGAUGGAGGCUGCUCAAGGGGGUGACGGGGUAGCAGAAGGAGAUCCGAAAUCUGCUGGAGCCAACAGCGUCUCUGCAUCUGGUUCUGGUUCCAGCUCAGGGAAGAAGAAAUGGGGUAUCGGAGGCGUCGUACGAAAAGUUACGGGGGGAGGUGGUAGUGGGGUAACGGCAGACAAACCUGAGGCGGUGAAAAAGGAGGGAAGCGAAGACGAGCCGCAAGGUGUUCAAGUUGAUUUCUACCUUGUCAUUUUCUUGAAGUUCAUAGCGAGUAUCGUGCCGACAAUAGAGGUGGACAGUACGACCGCGACGGCCCUGUAGAUGGAGUACCUGGUCAGAUGAACAGUUCCACUUGUGCAUUAGGCGAUGGGAGAAAUAGUUAAUGACGUUCAACGCAUGUAUCGAUGAUGGACAGAGGGGUAUGUUGUGCAUGACGGUGAUGCGCAUCGCAUAUGCAGUCGACAUCGAAUAACGAAACACGAAGCUGACUCGUUGCG